AUGGGCGUAUAUGUCUGUUAAAGUAUUUUGACUCUGCAAUGCUUUAAUAAAUGUCCAGCUCUUAUUGAAAUCUGUUUUCUAAAAUUGAAAUCAAAUGAAAUUUGUAUUGAAAACAAAUUAAAAAUCAUCAACAAUGGCAUAUCGUAAUUAUUACGCUCUUACGCUUUUAAUCUUAAUUCCCAAUUGUCUCUGUAUCAUGAACACAAGUAGUGCGCUUCUCAAACAAGUGAACGUGCUAUUUCGUCACGGCGAUCGAACACCACUGAAAAUAUACCCGACGAUUCCAUUCACACCUGAUCAUUAUUUUCCCGCUGGUCCUGGACAAUUAACCAUUAGAGGAAAACAGAGAGCCUACGAAUUAGGAAAAAUCCUACGAAAUUUAUAUGACGAUUUCCUGGGCAGUACUUAUUUACCAAAAGAUGUUGAAUCUUUAAGCUCGAAUCUAGAUCGAACAAAAAUGACUUUACAACUUGUUUUAGCGAGUCUCUAUCCUCCCGAUUCAUAUCAAAAUUGGAAUGAAAAAUUAAAUUGGCAACCAAUUCCUAUAAACUACAAAACUAUUGAGGAUGACUAUUUAUUUCAACCAACGCUUCACUGUAAAUUACUUAGAGACGAAUAUUAUAAGGAAUGGAAUAGCACCGAAUUAAGAAAAACAAAAUUAGAUUUUCAUGAAUUGGGACAAAAUUUAAGUUAUCUGACCGGAUACCCUCUAGAUCAUCCUGAUAAACUUUCGGGUCUUUAUGCCGAUCUUGACAGCUUGGAAACAAUUGGAUUUCAUUUUCCGAAUUGGGUUAAUUACUAUUUUCCAACUGGACCACUCUUCAAUGUUGUUGAAACAACUUUAAAAGUUAUUAAUAACAAUAAUUUAUUGAAACGACUUAAUGGAGGAAAAUUUUUACGACAAUUUUUGGAAAAUAUUUCUGCUGUAACUAAAAGUUCUCCUAAAGUUGAGAGUAAUCCAAAAUUGUAUUUAUACAGUGGACACGAUCUUAAUGUUGUGGCUUUUCUCCUUGCUUUGAACAGUACUGAAUCGCUUUUAACAAGAUUUACAAGUACAAUAAUAAUGGAAUUAUUAUUGAUUGACAAUAACUAUUACGUAAAGAUAUUGUAUUACUUGGGAAUUCCACCAGUUACAAAAGAAUUGAAGAUUUUUAACUGUGAAAAUCCUUGUCCAUUGCAAGAAUUUCAAAAUCUUGUUAAGCAUUUACUUCCAUCAGAUGAAGAGUUUUUUUGUUCUUAAAAAUGUAAUUAAAAUUUUUUUUAUUACGAAUCUAAAAUUUGUUGUCAUUUGCGACUUUUGAAAUUUGUCUUUAUUGAAAUAAUGAAUUAAUUAUUAAUAACAAUUAAUAUAGUAAAUUAUUAAAAUACUAAUUUGAUUAAUAUAGUCAUAAUACUAAUAUUAAUAAUAAUAUCGAGAAUUUCUGGUAAACAAUUACUAGAAUUUAAAUUAGUUUUACAAAUAUUUCUCAAUAAAUGAAUUUUAGUUUACUUGUUAA